AUAUCCCUAUGCUCAGGAUAAAAUCUCCCGUAUAAACCCGUGGUAUAAACUCGUCACGACACAAGUAAAUACUGGUGCCGGCGUUAACCUAAAAGCGAAUUUGUAUCGUAUAAAAUUCUACCCUAUUAUUAUUAGUACCACCGCACUAUGUCGACAAGAUGGUAUCCGAUCUAUCAGAAGGGCAACCCUCAGCUGAGGAUAUUUCUCCCCAAUUUCUGGAUGAAACUAGUCGCACCUGAUACGCGGCAGCCCGAAUGUGUGGUUCAAUUUCAUUGUUCAAUGGAAAUGACGAAGGCCGACAUUAAAAACUACUUGACAAAAAUUUAUAAUAUCGAUGUCGUCACAGUUAGAACAAGAAUUGCCUUGGGUCGAUUUAUCAGGGAACCGCAGAAAAAAUACAUCAUGAAAUUAGAUGACGUCAAAGUUGCCUACGUUACCCUGCCAAAGGACCAACAGUUCACUUUCCCAGACUUAUUUCCCAAAGAAAAGAAAGAUGCAACUAAAACUGAUGCUGAUAAAGCAUUGGAAGACAUGAAAAAUUCGUUUAAGAAUUACUUAGAGAAAAACAAGGAGAGGCCUGGUAUACCCAGUUGGUACACAAUUUAACUAGUCACAGUAUAUUCAUAUUGUAUAUAGAAAUCAUGAAUAAUAAAGAUACGUUUUCAAAUCA